UUAAAAACAAUUGCAGGUUAUGAUCAUCUGUCACAAAUGUCUUCAUCUCUUUCACAGUCAGUUCACUUGCUAUUGCAGUUAUUUUCAAAUGUUUGACUGUUCAUAAUUCAUUUCCAUUGUUGAAUAAUGAUCCGAAGUCUAGUGAUUUUGAAUGGAUUGUGCAGGUCUCAACAAUUUAGUUCAAUCAGACUUGUAUCGACAGUAAUGAAUCCUCUAGUAGCGGUAUGUCAAAUGACGUCGACAGCUGACAAACAGAAGAAUUUCGAAGUUGUUAGGAAUUUGGUAGUUCAAGCUAAAGAACGUAAAGCCCAAAUAGCUUUUUUCCCCGAAGCUUGCGACUACCUGGCGGACAAUAAAAAAGACAUAGUGGCCUUCAGCGAGCCCCUGACAGGCCCCACAGUAUCCAAAUACAAAUCUCUAGCUGCAGAGCAUGACAUUUGGUUGUCACUGGGUGGACUGCACGAACGGCAGUCAGAGGGCUCCGAAAAAAUCUCAAAUACUCAUGUUCUGAUAAAUAAUGAAGGGUCCAUUGUUGCUGCAUACAGAAAAAUCCAUUUAUUUGAUAUGGAUAAUAAAGAUACCGGGGUACGAUUGAUGGAGUCUGAUUACGUGGUGCCAGGGGGUGAGAUAAUUCCGCCAGUUUCGACGCCUUGUGGGAGAAUUGGACUGAGCAUUUGCUACGACAUGCGAUUCCCCGAGUUAUCCCUGACCCUUCGAAAAUCAGGAGCUGAAAUCCUGACAUUCCCUUCAGCAUUUACGUAUCAAACCGGUGCUGCACACUGGGAGGUUCUCCUGCGAGCCCGAGCGAUCGAGACCCAGUGCUACGUCGUAGCAGCAGCUCAAACUGGCUCUCACAACAAGAAGCGAACCAGUUGGGGUCAUGCAAUGAUUGUUGACCCCUGGGGUGCAGUUGUCGCACAGUGUCCGGAAAAAACAGGCAUUGCAGUUGCCGAAAUCGAUUUGAAUUUGAUAGAGACCGUUCGUAGAAAUAUGCCCUGUGAGAAUCACCGUAGAACGGAUUUGUACCCCUCGAUGAACUUCUCCAGUUGAUGAUCUUACGAUAAAUAAGAGAAAAGGAUUGUUUUCAUGGAUUUUCCAAGUUUUUACACUACACUGGUAAUUUUCUCCGAUUUAACUCAAGCGAAUUAAUUCACGAAGAUUAAUUCAGAAAACAGUAGUUUUCUGAGGAAUGGGGGCAUGCAAUGGUGAAUAAAAUUCCUCAAUUCAAUCAUCACUAGCUAUUAUUCACAUUUAUACAAUACACAUUCACAUCUUUGCACAUUGAUGUUUUAUUCCUCAGAUUGUUGACCCCUGGGGUUCUGUUAUUGCACAGUGUGCAAAAAAAACAGGCAUUGCGAUUGCCGAAAUUGAUCUAAAUUUAUUAGAAACAGUUCGUAGAAAUAGGUCCUGUGAGAAUCAUCGUAGAACGGAUUUGUACCCCUCGAUGGACUUCUCCAGUUGAUGAUCUUACGAUAAAUAAGAGAAAAGGAUUGUUUCCAUGGAUUUUCUAAGUUUUUACACUACACUGGUAAUUUUCUCCGAUUUAACUCAAGCGAAUUAAUUCACGAAGAUUAAUUCAGAAAACAGUAGUUUUCUGAGGAAUGGGGGCAUGCAAUGGUGAAUAAAAUUCCUCAAUUCAAUCAUCACUAGCUAUUAUUCACAUUUAUACAAUACACAUUCACAUCUUUGCACAUUGAUGUUUUAUUCCUCAGAUUGUUGACCCCUGGGGUUCUGUUAUUGCACAGUGUGCGAAAAAAACAGGCAUUGCGAUUGCCGAAAUUGAUCUAAAUUUAUUAGAAACAGUUCGUAGAAAUAGGUCCUGUGAGAAUCAUCGUAGAACGGAUUUGUACCCCUCGAUGGACUUCUCCAGUUGAUGAUCUUACGAUAAAUAAGAAAAAAGGAUUGUUUCCAUGGAUUUUCUAAGUUUUUACACUACACUGGUAAUUUUCUCCGAUUUAACUCAAGCGAAUUAAUUCACGAAGAUUAAUUCAGAAAACAGUAGUUUUCUGAGGAAUGGGGGCAUGCAAUGGUGAAUAAAAUUCCUCAAUUCAAUCAUCACUAGCUAUUAUUCACAUUUAUACAAUACACAUUCACAUCUUUGCACAUUGAUGUUUUAUUCCUCAGAUUGUUGACCCCUGGGGUUCUGUUAUUGCACAGUGUGCAAAAAAAACAGGCAUUACGAUUGCCGAAAUUGAUCUAAAUUGAUUAGAAACAGUUCGUAGAAAUAGGUCCUGUGAGAAUCAUCGUAGAACGGAUUUGUACCCCUCGAUGGACUUCUCCAGUUGAUGAUCUUACGAUAAAUAAGAAAAAAGGAUUGUUUCCAUGGAUUUUCUAAGUUUUUACACUACACUGGUAAUUUUCUCCGAUUUAACUCAAGCGAAUUAAUUCACGAAGAUUAAUUCAGAAAACAGUAGUUUUCUGAGGAAUGGGGGCAUGCAAUGGUGAAUAAAAUUCCUCAAUUCAAUCAUCACUAGCUAUUAUUCACAUUUAUACAAUACACAUUCACAUCUUUGCACAUUGAUGUUUUAUUCCUCAGAUUGUUGACCCCUGGGGUUCUGUUAUUGCACAGUGUGCGAAAAAAACAGGCAUUGCGAUUGCCGAAAUUGAUCUAAAUUUAUUAGAAACAGUUCGUAGAAAUAGGUCCUGUGAGAAUCAUCGUAGAACGGAUUUGUACCCCUCGAUGGACUUCUCCAGUUGAUGAUCUUACGAUAAAUAAGAAAAAAGGAUUGUUUCCAUGGAUUUUCUAAGUUUUUACACUACACUGGUAAUUUUCUCCGAUUUAACUCAAGCGAAUUAAUUCACGAAGAUUAAUUCAGAAAACAGUAGUUUUCUGAGGAAUGGGGGCAUGCAAUGGUGAAUAAAAUUCCUCAAUUCAAUCAUCACUAGCUAUUAUUCACAUUUAUACAAUACACAUUCACAUCUUUGCACAUUGAUGUUUUAUUCCUCAGAUUGUUGACCCCUGGGGUUCUGUUAUUGCACAGUGUGCGAAAAAAACAGGCAUUGCGAUUGCCGAAAUUGAUCUAAAUUUAUUAGAAACAGUUCGUAGAAAUAGGUCCUGUGAGAAUCAUCGUAGAACGGAUUUGUACCCCUCGAUGGACUUCUCCAGUUGAUGAUCUUACGAUAAAUAAGAAAAAAGGAUUGUUUCCAUGGAUUUUCUAAGUUUUUACACUACACUGGUAAUUUUCUCCGAUUUAACUCAAGCGAAUUAAUUCACGAAGAUUAAUUCAGAAAACAGUAGUUUUCUGAGGAAUGGGGGCAUGCAAUGGUGAAUAAAAUUCCUCAAUUCAAUCAUCACUAGCUAUUAUUCACAUUUAUACAAUACACAUUCACAUCUUUGCACAUUGAUGUUUUAUUCCUCAGAUUGUUGACCCCUGGGGUUCUGUUAUUGCACAGUGUGCGAAAAAAACAGGCAUUGCGAUUGCCGAAAUUGAUCUAAAUUUAUUAGAAACAGUUCGUAGAAAUAGGUCCUGUGAGAAUCAUCGUAGAACGGAUUUGUACCCCUCGAUGGACUUCUCCAGUUGAUGAUCUUACGAUAAAUAAGAAAAAAGGAUUGUUUCCAUGGAUUUUCUAAGUUUUUACACUACACUGGUAAUUUUCUCCGAUUUAACUCAAGCGAAUUAAUUCACGAAGAUUAAUUCAGAAAACAGUAGUUUUCUGAGGAAUGGGGGCAUGCAAUGGUGAAUAAAAUUCCUCAAUUCAAUCAUCACUAGCUAUUAUUCACAUUUAUACAAUACACAUUCACAUCUUUGCACAUUGAUGUUUUAUUCCUCAGAUUGUUGACCCCUGGGGUUCUGUUAUUGCACAGUGUGCGAAAAAAACAGGCAUUGCGAUUGCCGAAAUUGAUCUAAAUUUAUUAGAAACAGUUCGUAGAAAUAGGUCCUGUGAGAAUCAUCGUAGAACGGAUUUGUACCCCUCGAUGGACUUCUCCAGUUGAUGAUCUUACGAUAAAUAAGAAAAAAGGAUUGUUUCCAUGGAUUUUCUAAGUUUUUACACUACACUGGUAAUUUUCUCCGAUUUAACUCAAGCGAAUUAAUUCACGAAGAUUAAUUCAGAAAACAGUAGUUUUCUGAGGAAUGGGGGCAUGCAAUGGUGAAUAAAAUUCCUCAAUUCAAUCAUCACUAGCUAUUAUUCACAUUUAUACAAUACACAUUCACAUCUUUGCACAUUGAUGUUUUAUUCCUCAGAUUGUUGACCCCUGGGGUUCUGUUAUUGCACAGUGUGCGAAAAAAACAGGCAUUGCGAUUGCCGAAAUUGAUCUAAAUUUAUUAGAAACAGUUCGUAGAAAUAGGUCCUGUGAGAAUCAUCGUAGAACGGAUUUGUACCCCUCGAUGGACUUCUCCAGUUGAUGAUCUUACGAUAAAUAAGAAAAAAGGAUUGUUUCCAUGGAUUUUCUAAGUUUUUACACUACACUGGUAAUUUUCUCCGAUUUAACUCAAGCGAAUUAAUUCACGAAGAUUAAUUCAGAAAACAGUAGUUUUCUGAGGAAUGGGGGCAUGCAAUGGUGAAUAAAAUUCCUCAAUUCAAUCAUCACUAGCUAUUAUUCACAUUUAUACAAUACACAUUCACAUCUUUGCACAUUGAUGUUUUAUUCCUCAGAUUGUUGACCCCUGGGGUUCUGUUAUUGCACAGUGUGCGAAAAAAACAGGCAUUGCGAUUGCCGAAAUUGAUCUAAAUUUAUUAGAAACAGUUCGUAGAAAUAGGUCCUGUGAGAAUCAUCGUAGAACGGAUUUGUACCCCUCGAUGGACUUCUCCAGUUGAUGAUCUUACGAUAAAUAAGAAAAAAGGAUUGUUUCCAUGGAUUUUCUAAGUUUUUACACUACACUGGUAAUUUUCUCCGAUUUAACUCAAGCGAAUUAAUUCACGAAGAUUAAUUCAGAAAACAGUAGUUUUCUGAGGAAUGGGGGCAUGCAAUGGUGAAUAAAAUUCCUCAAUUCAAUCAUCACUAGCUAUUAUUCACAUUUAUACAAUACACAUUCACAUCUUUGCACAUUGAUGUUUUAUUCCUCAGAUUGUUGACCCCUGGGGUUCUGUUAUUGCACAGUGUGCAAAAAAAACAGGCAUUGCGAUUGCCGAAAUUGAUCUAAAUUUAUUAGAAACAGUUCGUAGAAAUAGGUCCUGUGAGAAUCAUCGUAGAACGGAUUUGUACCCCUCGAUGGACUUCUCCAGUUGAUGAUCUUACGAUAAAUAAGAGAAAAGGAUUGUUUCCAUGGAUUUUCUAAGUUUUUACACUACACUGGUAAUUUUCUCCGAUUUAACCCAAGCGAAUUAAUUCACGAAGAUUAAUUCAGAAAACAGUAGUUUUCUGAGGAAUGGGGGCAUGCAAUGAUUGUUGACCCCUGGGGUUCUGUUAUUGCACAGUGUGC